AUGCAAUAUGUUACUAAAAAUUCGAAUCAACCACGUACUCCAACAGAAUUAACAAAUAAUAUUUUGCCAGCUUAUAAAUCUGGUUGGCUUUAUAAACGAGGUGAACAUAUAAAAACUUGGCGUCCACGUUAUUUUGUUCUAUUUCAUGAUGGACUUUUAUAUGGAUAUAGAAAACCACCAGCUGCAAAUGAUAAUCAACAAGAAGAACCACUUAAUAAAUUUCAAGUUAUUGAUUGUACUGUUGUUCGACAAGACAAAAUAAAACAAAAUGCUUUUGUUAUACAUUUUAAUCAAAUGAAAAUAGAACGAUUAUUUGCUGCAAGUAGUCAACAAGAUCGUGAAGAAUGGGUAACUGCAAUUGAAAUAAUUACUCGACAAACAACUCCUCAUUUACAACAUCAAUUACCAACUAUGAAAAUGGUUACUAAUGAUAAUGCAAAUAAUGUUGAGAAUGAAUAUCCUGCAAUGAAUGAAAUAUUUACACGACGACCGCAAAUAAAUGAUUUUGAAUAUUUAAAAAUACUUGGUCGUGGUACAUUUGGUAAAGUAGUUUUAUGUCGUGAGCGAACAACGCAACGAAUAUUUGCAAUGAAAAUGUUACGUAAAAGUCUUGUUGUAACAAAUAAUGAAGUUAUACAUACAAUGGGUGAGAAUGAAAUUUUACGUCGUAUUCGACAUCCAUUUAUUACAAAUUUAAUAUGUGCAUUCACAACAAGUGAUCGUCUUUGUCUUGUUAUGGAAUGUGUUAAUGGUGGUGAAUUAUUUUUUCAUUUAAAUCGUGAAAAACGUUUUACAGAAGAACGUACAAGAUUUUAUAUAUCAGAAAUAUGUUGUGUUAUUGGUUAUUUACAUUCCAGAAAAGUUAUUUAUCGUGAUAUUAAAUUGGAAAAUAUUCUACUCGAUCGUUUUGGUCAUAUUAAAUUAGUUGAUUUUGGUUUAUGUAAAAUCAAUGUUCCAUUUGGACAAACAACUGCGACAUUUUGUGGUACACCACAAUAUAUUGCACCGGAGGUAUUAUAGAAUGAAUUACUAAUGUUAUUCAUUUAUAUUGAGUGCAGGAUGUACGCUUAGAUGAAGAAAUUGUUUUCAUCAAGAGUGACUUUAAUUCUCGGAAAUUUGGAUGAAUAGAUCAUUAAAACUAAACCCUGAGGUGGUAUUUUGAAAUUGAAUAGAUAAACUCUUCAAAUAUGACAACAUUAGCUCUAAUGAUGGUUUCCGAACGUUUUCAUAUAUUUUUAAGAGGCUUUGUCAUAGAUCAACUAUAC